CUCCAUCAUCAUUUGUUUGUACGACUUGGUGACACAACAAUGGAUACUAACCUUAAUAUAGUUUUGACUCUUAUUUUGUCAUUAUGCUCAAUCGUUAUCCAUGGUUAUGACGACUGCGGAGAUGGAUUCUACUGCAACACUGGCUACUGCUGUAAUAGUGGCUUGGAAUGCUGUUACUCUUGGGGAGCGGGUAGCAUAGCUGGCACGGUGAUCGGUCUGUUCGUGUUUAUCGCAAUAGUAAUCACAUGCGUCGUAUGUUGUCGACGAAGAAACCGGGCCGUGUUUGUCCAGCAAGCCCAAUCGCCUUUCGUGUCUGUUGUCAGUUCUACGAACCAAAUGGGCCAGCAGGUCCAGUAUCCGGGGCAACAGUACGCCCCGUCCCAAUAUCCGGGAGCUGGCGCCGCCUAUCCACCACAACCACCACAAUACGGGAAAUAUUGAAGCCUAUGAUAGUUUUAGUUAUCGUGCUGGUUUUAAAGAAUAGUUAUUGAAUCUUAACCUGUACAGUUCUUUACGAUUUUUUUUACCUCUGAACUCAUUAGAUAUGACUUAUGGAUUCUUUAAAAUAAACUACUACUAAUGCAGUGGUAAAGUUAUCAAUAAUGCCCAAAACAGUUUCAAUUAAACUAAAACUGCUGUUUCCAUACGUUAGAUGACGUUCGUGUUUCCGGAACGUGUUCAAGAAUAAGUUGGUUUUGUUUCGGUAUCAAUUAAGACUUUCUUUUGUUUUUAAUAUAAAAUAUAUACCGCAUCUCUGCCGUCAGUUAAAUAUGUUUUCACAUUAUUUUUUACAUGCAUGUGUUUCUGUGAAUAAAUAGAGAAUAUUAAA